AUUUUCUUGUGCUCAGUGACUUGACACUUGUUUAUCAAAUCGAUACGCAAUAACUUCCAAACAAAGUAAAAUUGUUGGGUAUUUGAAUUGUUUAGUCUUUUAUGCGCCGAGACUUGGAAUACACGAAGUAGAAAUUUUUGUUUCGAAAAUGACAAACAUUUUAGGUGUUUGUCUAUUUUCUUUGCUGUGCUUUUCCUAUGCAAGUAUAGCAUCAGCACGCCAACUACCUAAAGAAUGCUCCAAAGGGCCCUCGUAUUGGUGUCAAAAUAUUAAGGUUGCCUCUGACUGCGGUGCAGUGGGCCACUGCAUCGGCACAGUAUGGGAAAAGCAACAAAUUGAAGUUCGCCAUAAUGAAGUAUCCGAAAAAAUCAUUCGACUCUUCAGACAACUGAAGGAUGUUAAAGAUCUUAUUAAUGCGGAGUACCUUGCAGCACGCAUGAACUCGGCGUGCCGCGAUGUUCCCGAUCAGACAAUCACCAAGUACUGUCGCGAGAAUACCGCUCAUCUGGAAGAAUACUUGUUGGCUCUUCUCGCUUCGGAGACCUCACCAGAGACAAUGUGCAGCGUCGUUGCUAUGUGCAACAGUGAUAAACUUGACAACGUCUUGUCUAUGAAUAAGAAGAAAUCGACUACAGCUAAAACACCGACUGAUAAGUAUGGAGGUAAAUUGUUAGGAGCCUCAAAAUGUACUUGGGGACCUUCUUAUUGGUGCAGCAACUUCAGCACUGGUCGCGAAUGCAAAGCCACCCAUCAUUGCGUGAGCCGCGUGUGGCCGCGCGCCGAGUACCCUCAGGAUACUGACAGCAUCUGCAAGAUUUGUACCGACAUGGUGAAGCAGGCCCGCGAUCAGCUGCAGAGCAACGAGACUCAGUCUUUGCUGGCGGACGACUUCGUGCCGGAGCUGGUGGAGACGCUGGCCUCGGAGAUGAACCCGCAGUCGGUCUGCUCGGUCGCUGGACUCUGCAACAGCGCCAGGAUAGACCUCAUGCUGGAAGACUACAACAAGAAGUUAGAACAGCACAAGGAGUGUAACAAUUGCCGCACCGCAGUCGGCGUGCUGAGGAAGAGGUUUGAUGAUACCUCGUAUGAAGACUUCCUCGUUGGAUUACUUAAGAUGUGCGGCCAUAUGGGUUCUUUAUCGGACUCCUGUUCAAUGCUGGUGUUCAAAUACUACGAGAAUAUAGUCGCGGGUGUGAAGAAGGACCUGACAGCGGCCGGCGUGUGCCAUCUCAGCGGACAGUGCGCCGUGAGAUACCACUCGCAUGAACAAUACGACUUCCCUGAUGUCAAACUUGAUCAAUUAAAACCCACUGAUGAUGUACCGUGUGAGUUCUGCGAGCAAGUUGUCAAACAUCUGCGUGACGUUUUGGUUGCUAAUACAACAGAAUCCGAAUUCCAUAGAGUUUUAGUUGGUCUCUGCAAACAAACAGGGUCAUUUAAAGAGGAAUGUUUAAGUUUAGUAGAAGAAUACUAUCCUAUGAUAUACAGUUUCCUCGUAUCUGAACUAAAAGCGGAUGCAAUUUGUGCUAUGAUGGGUAUUUGCCAUACUAAUAGUGAUGUGCCCGUCGCUGUGCUGUUGCCUAAAGAGCUGGCAGUUAAAGUGACACAAUCUCCUCUGCUUAUUGGCAAUGAUGAAGCUAAUAGUUAUACUACUCCUAAGUUGGCACGUGUAAGUCUAAAGAAGGAGACGAAUGUGCGCAUUAUGAAUGGCGCACAAGAGGCACAGCUGCCCAUAGAGCGCAUGUACGUGGCGGCGCCGCGCUCCAACGUCGCCUGCUCCUUCUGCCAGUACUUCCUGCACUACCUGCAGGUCGAACUAAGCGAUGUUAACACUGAGAACGCGAUCCAGGAGGCGGUAGAGAAGGCGUGCGACAAGCUGCCGGAGUCCGUGAACGGCGAGUGCCGGCAGUUCGUCACCGAGUACGGGCCCGCCGUCAUCGCGCUGCUCGUGCAGGAGAUAGACCCCGCCAGCGUGUGUCCCGCACUCGGCCUGUGCCCGCAGACGAGCGAGGUGCGGCGCGUCGCCAUCAACUCCGACAAGUCCAACUGCCCGCUCUGUCUGUUCGCCGUCGAGCAGCUCGACUCCAUGCUCAAGAACAACCACACGGAGGAAAACAUUCGUCACGCAUUAGACAAUCUCUGCAACCAUCUAUCUGCCAAACUGCGCACCGAAUGUGUGGACUUUGUUGACACAUACACCAACCAGUUGGUGGAAAUGUUGGCGGCCAACAUGAACUCCACUGAGAUCUGCGUGUUCUUGAAGCUGUGCGAGGACACGGUGCGCGACCCGCUGCAUCUCACACACUCUAUUGACAAAUACCAUCAACAACCGGCGACAAGAGCUGAUAGGAAUAACUUCAGAGGGAAAUCUAUGUUGCCCAAAGAAAUGCUCGAAACUGAUGGAGAUUUGAUGACCAACGAAAUCCCCGACCACACGGUGAACGGGCGACCGAAAGUGCAGCAGAAGGGCGUUUGCGUCAUCUGCGAGUUCGUCAUGAAGGAGAUCGACGACCAGAUCAAGGACAAACAUAAUGACGACGAAAUAAAGAAGAUAGUGCACGGCGUGUGCAGACGCAUGCCGAAGUCGGUGCGCGGCGAGUGCGACCAGUUCGUGGAGAAGUACGCGGACCUCGUCAUCAGUCUGCUGGCGCAGGAGCUGGACCCCGCGGAGGUCUGCCAGGAGCUGAAGCUCUGUGACCCCACCGGUAUUCGGGCGGUCAAAGAGGCGAUCCUGGACUGCGCGGUGUGCGAGACCGUGGUGAUGGCGGUGCGCAAAGUGCUCAGCAACGAUAAGAUCGACCACGACAUCGUGCACGUCGUCGAGAAGUCCUGUGCCCUGCUGCCCGCCAAGUACUACGACAGGUGCCACACGCUGAUGGAGGUGUACGGAGACAGCAUCAUCCACCUGAUUGAGGAUCUCGGCACGAAGGGCGUCUGCGAGAAAAUCGGCCUCUGCUCCGAGCGCAGCGCGGCAUACGUGCACAUGCAGCCUGCACACAACUGAGUUGUAGCAGUUCUCUAUGGGCUUCAGGAGGAUAUUCGUAAUCUCUAAUAUUAAUUAUUUACCAAAUGUAAUAAAUGUCUUUGUAAUCGGUUACUAAUUCGAUGUUUUCCAAUUUUUUAUUUUAAAUGUGAACAAUUAAAUAGUGUUAAGUCUCUCAGUGAAUAUUUUGUUGUGACGUAAAGUUCAUUUUUGUAUAGACGUAAGGAAAUUUAAUCAUUUCUACGGUUAUUUGCUACAUAUUCAAUGAAAUUUAUUAGUUGACACACGUUAGCCUGUGAUAACAGUUUUUGUAACCGUGUUAAAUAAAGUUUGGGAGUUAAAUUGU